GCCUCGCCGCCACCCGGCCUCGCUGCGCGCCACCAUGGACAGUCCCGUUUUCCCCUGGUAAAGAUGGCGGUGCGCGAUCGCUGCAACCUUUAGACUAAUGACUGUCCGAAACAUCGCCUCCAUCUGUAAUAUGGGCACCAAUGCCUCUGCUCUGGAAAAAGACAUUGGACCAGAGCAGUUUCCGAUCAAUGAACACUACUUCGGAUUGGUCAAUUUUGGAAACACAUGCUACUGUAACUCUGUGCUUCAAGCGUUGUACUUCUGCCGGCCGUUCCGGGAGAAUGUGUUGGCAUACAAGGCCCAACAAAAAAAGAAGGAAAACCUGUUGACAUGCCUGGCAGACCUUUUCCACAGCAUUGCCACGCAGAAGAAGAAGGUUGGCGUUAUCCCACCAAAGAAGUUCAUUUCAAGGCUGAGGAAAGAGAACGAUCUCUUUGAUAACUACAUGCAGCAGGACGCUCACGAAUUUUUAAAUUAUUUGCUAAACACUAUUGCGGACAUCCUGCAGGAAGAGAAGAAACAGGAAAAACAAAACGGGAAAUUAAAAAAUGGCAACAUGAACGAACCGGCAGAGAAUAAUAAGCCAGAACUCACCUGGGUCCACGAGAUUUUUCAGGGAACACUCACUAACGAAACUCGAUGUUUGAACUGUGAAACUGUGAGCAGCAAAGAUGAAGAUUUUCUUGACCUCUCUGUGGAUGUGGAACAGAACACCUCCAUUACCCACUGCCUGAGAGACUUCAGCAACACAGAAACGCUGUGUAGUGAACAAAAAUAUUAUUGUGAAACAUGUUGCAGCAAACAGGAGGCUCAGAAGAGGAUGAGGGUAAAAAAGCUGCCCAUGAUUUUGGCCCUGCACCUAAAGAGGUUCAAGUACAUGGAGCAGCUCCACAGGUACACCAAGCUGUCUUACCGGGUGGUCUUCCCUCUGGAGCUCCGGCUCUUCAACACCUCCAGUGAUGCUGUGAACCUGGACCGCAUGUAUGACCUGGUUGCUGUAGUCGUUCACUGUGGAAGUGGUCCUAACCGUGGCCAUUACAUCACCAUCGUGAAAAGUCAUGGCUUCUGGCUUUUGUUUGAUGACGACAUUGUAGAGAAAAUAGAUGCUCAAGCCAUCGAGGAAUUCUAUGGUCUAACGUCAGAUAUAUCAAAAAAUUCAGAAUCAGGAUAUAUUUUAUUCUAUCAAUCGAGAGAAUAACUUGGUAGAGCACGAGACUCAUUCAAGCAGGGAAAUACUCAAAGCACUAGAGCCUUGUUUCUCUGCAGACCUCCCCUCCCCCAGCGGCCCGCUGACGUCAUCACUCUGAUGCCCACUGGUCUGGCAGUGUUAAACUUCCUUCCUUUGUGUUUUUACAUGCAGCACUACUCCUGGCUCUGUUUUGGUCUGAGGUAGAGUUAACUGCAGUCAGAUUAUAGUCAAGAUUUGUAUGAGUAACUGUUGCUAAUUUUAAGAUUGGGUUGAAUGUUCUGCCGCUUGUCAUGUCUGGCUAAACUAGAGUGAUAUUUCCUGUAAAUGUCAUGGUCCAUACUGAGUGUUUGGAAGGCUUCCUGAAUGGUUUCCGGGGCCACCUUUCCAUGCAUUCCUUUGACGGGUCCCUGGAAGCAUUGCUACCCAUUGUUAGCAUGCCUGCCUCCUCUGACGGGGAGGAGUUGGGUAGAUAGAUAUUCAUCUGUUAGGGCUGCAACCAUAGCUUUAAGUUUGUGCAAGUGAAAAUGUUUUAAAGUGAGUGGCCUAGAUGCCGAAAUCAUCCUCCACAUUGGAGCAAGGUGAGGUAAGGCUGUCGUUGGUGGCCAGUGUUUGCACCCAACUAUGCUUACCUAGCUGGUAGAAUCCCAGGGGCUAAGACAUUAUGGAGCUCAGGGCAGGCAAAGCCAAGAGGAAGACGUUUUUGUGGUCAGUGAAAAGUUACUUAUCUUUCUACCAAAAGCCAAGUUUCAGGAAAAUAGCGCAAUGCUGUUCAUUUUUAGUAAUAAUUUUCUUCCAUCAGGUCCUGUAGUUGUAUUCCUCUCAUAUUUGGUACCUCUAAGCUUUUCAAGCUAUCUUUCCAAUCCUGCUGAUGUUUGCAGUCAGUGUUUAUCAGGGCUGAGACACCAGCUGACUGCCUCUGGCAGGUCUCUCUCUAGUCAGUCAACACCAACAUCUUUCCUAGAUGAGGAAGAUGAAUCAAAAACUCUGUUCACCUUGACGACCAUCAGCAGAUUAAACAGCUUUUUCUCCUUCUCCUUCUCCUUCUCCUUCUCCUUCUCCUUCUC